AUGGCGCCGUGGGCUGUUAAGAAUCAGAUCGGCCCAGUUGCGAACCAGCCGGGUUCGAGACUUAAGAAAUGGAACAAGAGGGAGCUUAUACGGUGUGGUGCAAUAGGGACGACGAAACACAGAGACCUCAAUCUCCAGGGCGUUAUACACCCUAUCUUUGCGAAGUGGGUGAAGACGGACCCAGAACUACGAAAGGAGCUCCAACAGCCUCUACUACUAGCUAGCAGGAUCCUCGAAGCUGCUGGGUUGCCAUGGCUUUCAGAUUUCCUCGUCAACGACAUCUUUGCCGAAUCCUAUCCCGGAACAACAACUGAGGGUUGCACUGAGAGCGUCGUUCCCCAAACCAUCACCAGACACCACCGAGCAUCCUGGGCAAACGAAAAAGUGAAGACGCAAUGGCUGAACAUUACUCGAAGUCAGACGGAGAAAGAGAUCGCAAAGUCAAUAACGUGGGAGUUGGACGAGCACAUGUUCCCGGAAAGGGGCUGGGUCGGGUAUACGUGCCGCCAUCCUAGAGGAGACCUAGCCCUUGCAGAACUCGACAAGUACGAGACGAUCAAGAAGUUCGACAGAUGCUGCAAGAAUAAGAGCUACCGGAACAUGUCGAUUCUUAUUAUGGCGGAAUACCCUCGGCGACUCGCAGAGUUGAGGAAACAGGGGAAGGCUCAUGGGGAGGAGUAUCUGUUCACUGCUUUCAUGACGACAGUAACAAUACUGCACGAACUCGGACAUGUCGUCUACUGGAAAGACUGUCGUUCCCUGACGCGAAUUGCCCGAGAACCGUACUACGGAGCAGACCUCGAAAUGGAACUCGGUGACAGCUUCGUCGCUCACAUCUUCGGAGGCUGGGUGCCUGUGCCGAUUAGGAAUUUUGCACGGCUCCGUGAGGACUUCUCCUUUGAGGAUGGUCUUUCAUGGCGGCAGUUCUUGAGCUGGGACUAUCAUAGGCUUAGGCCUAAGCACCGGGCUCACUACUCGAUAUCUGUCGAAUACAUUGCUCAGCUGUUCACGGAGAAGAGCUGGUCAAAUCCUGGCACCCUGGAAGACCUGAUCCGGCCCCAGGCUCUCACGAGAGGCGGCACUGCUCUGAGGACUGUUGGCAUGCAUGAGCACCUGACACACACCAAUCAACACGCCACAGCAGCCGUAGCAGACUUCCACGGCACCGGCGAAGGAUACAUGUGGAACAGGCGACCCGGGGCCCUCUUCCGCAUACCGCAGUACGACGGGUGGGUGUGUCCAGAGAUAGACCUACCAGUAGCCACCGACGACGUGAUCCAAGAGCCCACGCCCCGAAACCCAUCCUCUUCCCACGGCCCCCCACGAAACGAACAACAAAGUUCCCGAAAGCUCGCAUUAGCAACGAAGAAGAACUCGAUGCGAACAAUAACACCCGGCACGCCCGAGAAACGAGAUAGCACGGCUGAUAAGACAGCGCUGGCGACUGGUGGUGGUUUGCAGGUGGAGGAGCUGCCGCUGCCGACAAUGCAGCUGAGUCCGGGCGGCGCCGGGGUGCUGAGCCCGACCCGCAGCGAGAUCUCGCUUGAUGAGCUGAAGAAGAGGCUGUCGUCCCUCAUAGGGGUGUCGCUUACGGAGCUGGAGAGGCUGUUUGAUGCGCCACAGUGUUCCUAG